AUGGAAACCGGUAACCUAAGCCCCGCUCGGGAGAGCAGAGCUGUAUGCUACCGAGCGCGUCUCCAGGUCGCGGAUAGGGGAACGGCCGUCAUCUCACGGCUAACCGUGAAUAAGGUGGCUCUCCGAAUAAGCGGUCGCGGACAAUCAGCGGCAGCACUCGAGGAUGUGCCCUACCCCAUCCCACCUCCACCUCCUUUCUCGGGAUCUUCAGACGAUCGUGCAAACACUAGUGCUUUAGAUGGAAACUCUGCCGCUGUUCCAUCAUGUCCUACCUCGACUACUGUCCAAAUCUCACCGAAUCCUCCCCCAGCUGAAGCCUUACUUCGCUCUCGAUGUUCAUUCAAACUAGCCACACUUAAUGUGUGCACUCUGCUGCGUAUAGAACAAAAGGCCGAUUUAGCUCGUGCGCUCGAGACCCUAGCCAUCGAUGUGUGUUGUAUCCAAGAGACUCGCAUUCAAGACUCCGGCUCUAUUAUCCGAUUGACGUCCCCAUCAAACCCAUCAGUGAAGUUUUACUUACGCCUCAAUGGGGACCCUGAGGCUGCAGCUUCCGGUCUUGCGGGCGUUUGUGUGGCUCUCAGUGAGAGAGCUGAAGCCGCACUCCUGGACUGGUUCCCAGUCGACAGUAGGAAAGCCUUAGGUGUGAGUGAAACGAUCUGCGAAGCUGAGGGUUCGCCCAUUCACAAUCAACAGCAACGUCUUGCGCGCUGGGCGGAGCACUUCAAAGCAUAG